AUGUCCGCCACCAAGCCUCAACCCUCGGCUGAGGUCACCCAGGAGCCCGUCUCUCUGGAUCCAGAGCAAAGGCGAGAGUCAGAGUUGUCCGAGGAGGAAAAUCAGCAGGAUGGUGUUCGAGUCGCCGAGGCCGUUACUAAGACCUGGUCCCGGACGUACCUGGUUAUUGCAUAUGUUAGCAGCUUGACUGCCAACCUGGGUGCCUACAUCACCAGUGGCUUCUCGGAGCACUCGCUGCUCUCCGUCAUCUCGGUCAUCACCAGCGUCAUGGGCGCUGCGUGCUUGAUGCCCAUCGCCAAGGUUCUGAACUUGUGGGAUCGUAUCACUGGAUUUAUCAUCAUGCUUGCCAUUGCCAUCAUGGGCUUGAUCAUGAUGGCUGGCUGCAAUAACAUUGAGACCUACUGUGCCGCCCAGGCUUUCUACACUGUCGGUUUCACAGGAGCCAUUUUCUGUAUCGACGUGAUGACCUCGGACACUUCCUCGCUGCGCGAUCGAGGUAUCGCGUUUGCCGUCACCUCCUCGCCCGGCAUCAUCACUGCCUUCUCCGGCUCGCCUCUAUCGAACCAAUUCCACGAGACGAACUGGCGCUGGGCCUACGGAACCAUCUGCAUCGUUCUCCCCGUGGUCGCGGCGCCCUUGAUCACGGUGUGGCAAUUGACCAAACGCAAGGCCGACAAGGAGGGUCGCCUGCAAUACAAGCCUCGCAGCACCCGAACCUGGUAUGAGAGCGUUUGGUUCUACGUGGUCGAAUUCGAUGUCAUCGGCAUCUUCCUCAUGAUCGGCGGCACGAUCCUCUUCCUCACCUCGUUCAACAUCGCCGGCAACACGGAAAACCAAUGGCGCUCGCCCAAGAUCAUCGCCAUGAUGGUCGUCGGCUUCUGCGUGCUCGUCUCCUUCGGUUUCUACGAGCGCUUCCUCGCCCCGAAGCCCUUCAUCCCGUACCACCUGCUCACCGACCGCACCGUGAUCGGCGCCUGCCUGAUCGACGUCGUCUACCAGAUCUCCUACGCCUGCUGGGGCAGCUACUUCACCUCGUACCUGCAAGUCGUCUACAACACCGGGCUGACCAAGGCGGGUUACAUCGCUGCUAUCUUCGACUUCAUGGAUCCGAUCUGGCUGAUCCUCUGCGGUUUCUGUAUCCGCUGGACCGGUCGCUUCAAGUGGCUUCUCUGGAUUGCUGUUCCCUUGUAUAUCCUUGCUAGUGGGCUGAUGAUCUAUUUCCGUGCUCCGGGCCAUAACGUCGGAUAUAUGUGCAUGUGUCAGAUCUUCCUGGCUGUGGGUGGUGGUACGCUCAUUCUUAUUGAGCAGGUGUCUGUCCUGGCGGCGUCGUCGCAUGAGGACUACGCUGCUAUGCUGGCCCUGCUGAGUACCUUUGGUAACAUCGGUGGCGCGGUCGGCAGUAGUAUCUCCGGUGCUAUCUGGACGAAUACCCUCCCCGUUAAGCUGAGGGAGUAUCUUCCGGAUAACUUGAAGGAUCAGUGGGAGAUGAUCUACGAGGACUUGGAGGAGCAAUUGAAGUAUGAGGUUGGUUCGCCGGCGCGUAUCGCGAUCCAGAAUGCGUAUGCGUUUGCCCAGCGCAAUAUGAUGAUUGCAGGAACCGCGAUCAUGGGACUGGCUAUCAUUGCGGUGGCCAUUAUGAGGAACAUUAAGGUGCAGAAUAAUAAGGAUCUGAAUAAGGUUCUGUUUUAG